AUGGAUGCUCUAGAAAAGAGCCUGUGCGAUUUCACCGGCUCCACGCCGCUCGAUCAGCGAUUCCGAUCGCUCUUCACCAUCAAAGGUCUUGCUGCCACUUCGGACCAACACAUGCAACGAGCGAUAUCGAUCAUAUCGCAGGCGUUUUCAGACGACUCCGCUUUGCUCAAGCACGAGCUCGCUUACGUUCUUGGACAACUUGAAGAUGCACGUGCGUUGCCAACACUCAAGAAAAUUCUCCAAGACCUUAGCCAAGAUGCCAUGGUGAGGCAUGAAGCAGCAGAGGCGAUGGGAGCCAUCUCUGAUCCUUCCGUAUUGCCCAUUUUGGAGCAGUAUCGUAGCGAUAGCGACGUGAGCGUCCGCGAGACGUGCGAACUCGCCAUCUCCAAAAUCAGCUUUGACAACUCUGAGGAAGGACAGGCACUGAAGCAGUCGAAAGCACAAGCUAAACUCGCUGAAGAACAGAGUGGUCUAGGUGGCGUUGAAUCGGCGUUCAAGCCCAUCGACCCUGCUCCUGCAAUGACGCCUGCUGCUAGCAAAGAAGCGGCUCGAUCUCAAGCCGAUGGCGUCCGAUAUGAUGCUUCCCAUGUACCACUUUUCCAAUCGACGCUGCUCGACACCAACUUGAGUCUCUUCGAACGAUACCGUGCCAUGUUCGCGCUGCGCAAUGUUGCGCAUGGUGGAGGAGACGGCGCAAUUCAAGCGGUGCUUGCGCUAGCACGCGGUCUGCAGGACGGCUCGGCCUUGUUCAGACACGAAAUCUGCUUUGUGUUUGGCGAGCUGUGCCACCCAGCUUCCAUCCCAAGUAUGCUACACGUAUUGAACGAUACCAAGGAACACGAAAUGGUACGUCACGAAGCAGCAGAGGCGCUCGGCGGCAUCGUCGAAGAGGGCGAGCAUGCGGCAAACGAUUCAGCAAACGAUUACACCCGCGUGCUCGAUACGCUCAACAAGUGGGCCCACGACAUGGACGCCCCUCGUGUCGUAAGAGAGAGCUGCAUCGUCGCUUUGGACGAGUUGGCUUACAACAACGAUCCGACCCAAUUCCACCGCAUUGAAACAUCCACUCCUGUCGCUGCCUAG